AUUCCAGUCAAAUGCCCACGUAGGCACAGCAGAAUGAAAUGCGGCUCUUUAUGUUCUGAGAUCCUUCAUGUCCAUCACUGUGCUGUGCGAAUCACUGACAGAUGGCCCUCCUCUUUCCAGCUGCAGACAGCAUGCCCACGACGCGCACUCCUCCAUCCAGACCAUGCACACUGCAGCUGAAGCCGUCACUCUGCAGGACACAAGGAGGGCUCCAGUGAGCACUGAACAUCCCAGCGCAGCUUUUCUUUCCCUGUCUGAUCUCUCCGAUCAUAUCUGAUAGUCAGUCGGAAUCAGUGGAUGUAUGCCAUGCGCCUUCUUCAUCUCUCAACUCUGCUGGUGGUGGUGCUGGUUGCCAGGGCGUACCAGCAUUUGUUGCCUGGAUCCUGCAGCUUCGAGAGUGGCACAUGUGGGUACACUUCGGAACCGGGGCAUGCUACCUGGACUUUGAACCAUGAAGGUACUCAAGGUUCUUGUGGUCUGUGUAUACAAUCAAGAGGUAUUCUGCAAGUUCCAACCAUUCGUUAAAGUGCCAGUUUAAUAGUCUAUUGCUGAUGUCAUAAUUCCUUUCUCUCAGUGUGAGCUUCUGUAGGUGUGAGGCUUUGGAGUACGUGAGCAGAGAGAGAAUGGCUCCCACCAUUAACCUCAAUUAUAAAGGGCAGACUAGGGCCUGGAUGUUUCAGGAUGGGUGCUGUGGUAAAGGAUUGCUUAAGGAUGACUUGUUUGUGUGGUUAUUCCACGCAAAUUUCUUUGAGCUUCCUUUGAGAAGUGAUGUAAUUGGUGCAGCAAUGGCAAUAAAGUUUCUAAUGAGGCAUCUGCCUUUACAUUAGAAUCAUCCAUAAUCACACUUUCUUUACUUACACUGUAAUCCAGGAAUGUGACUUGCGGCACAUGGAUUGCACACUUUUUAAAUCAAGUCACCUUUAUUUAUAUAGCACAUUUAAAAGACAACAAGUGCCAGCCAAAGUGCUGUACAUCAUCAGUUUCAGCUUUAUCAAAAAGACAGUUAUUCAUUAGCCUGUGAAGGACCCUUUUUUGACAUGGUUAAUAUGCUGUUCCAAGAAAUCGAAAUAUAUUAAUAUGUCAUCAAUGUAGACGAUUGUAAACUUGCCUAACAUGCCCCCAAGGACAUCAUUAACAAAAGGCUUGAACACAGAAGGAGAAUUGACCAAGCCAUUUGGCAUUACGAGAAAUUCAUUGUGGCUUGAGGUGGUGCUAAAUGCUGUUUUCCAUUCCUCCUCUUCACAGAUUUUGUUCAAGGUUACUAAAAUGGUGGCUGCUUUAUGGCAGUAGGCACUAGGGGUAAUGAGUAUGUAACUGUGGUUCAGGCCACAGUAGUGAAUGGAGGAACUCCAUUCUUCUGUAUGAAGAAAAACCCAGUGGAUGCUGGUGACAUGGAAAGGAUGAUGUAACCCUGCUGUAGGGCCUCAGAGAUGUACUCUUCCAUGGCUUUAUUUUCAGUGGGGGAUUACUGAAUAUACCUAGGCAGUACCUAGGCCAACCAAUCAUAAGGAUAAUGUGGAGGCAUGGUGCAUGCUUUAGAUUUACGAAAGUCUUCCUUAUACUCACAGUAGUACUCAGGACUGGAGACUGACUGACUUUGGGACUAGUGUUAAUGAGUGCUAUAACAGAGAACAUGCUGCCUGAAUGAUGGACUACAACUGUUAUGCAAAAUGGUUUGCGCAAAAUAGCGCAGGGCAUACUCACCACGUUCCUUGUCCAGACACUGUCCAUGUUGUUGAGUCUCUCCGGAUGUGGGUCACGUCAAACAUUGAUCACUGUGGUAGGAAGGCUCUCCACAGUAGAAACAAAGACCUCCUUCUAAACUGUUCUGACCCUCUUCGGAGGUUAGUCUGGUGUGGGAAGUGUGCACGGGCUCUGUGGUCUGAAAAUGUCUUUUUCUGCAAUGACUGAAUCAGGGCUUAAUUCCUGUCUCAAUGAGCAGCAUCUCUUAAUGGAAGGCCAGGCCAAUGAAAGCAUCCAAAUACACAUGGCUGUCCCUGCAAGCCAGUUCUGUGACUACACCUCUUCUUAAAUCUUGGUAGAAAGCAGCAACUGGAGCAGGUUCAUUCUGCUUGUUUCCCAGAGCCAGCAUGUGGAACUCCACUGAAUAUUCUCCUGUAGUUCACUCCCCAUUUUUGAGGUUCAGGAGAUGUUCCCAUGUUUCCUUGCUUCCUUGGCUCUGAAAUAUUUUGUUGAAUCGAUCAUAAGACUGCAGACAAACACGACUGGUCUGCUCUACUUUUCCCAUGAGCAGUACCACCUUUGACUUGAUCUCGUGACAAGAAGUACCACAAACACUGUAAUAAAAAGUCUUGAAAUUUGGAUGGAUCUCCAUCAUACUUAUUGGUCUGGACAUGGAAACAUGAAGUGGGAAUCGUUGCUCAUUCGGAACUGCCAACUGUAGUAACUGAUUAGUGAGAUUCCCUAAUGUAGCGUAGAUGGCAGGGAUCUGCUGCUGUUGUUCAUGGCCUACAAGGCCUUGAGCUGUGAGAGCCUGAUGGAGUUUGUUGAAACCUGCUAGGUCCAUUUUAUCAGUGAAGCCUUCUGUCAUGAAGACAGAUGGACAUAUUCAGGAGCAGGUUUUGGCUUGUAUUAAAAAGACAACAAGGGUAAAUGAACUAAAAGGGCUAGGGAAUACUUAAAAUCUUGGGGAGUAGGUCAGGUGAUCAGCAAACUGGAAUGAAGUAGACUUGGACAACACACAGGACAAUGCACUGUGACCUGUUUGCUGAAUGGGAACAUGUAAAUUGGAGUUUGCUUGACAGGGCAUUGCAGAAAUGGAAUUGACACUUGGACCACGUUGGGUUGUGUAGGUUUGUGCAGCAGGCUUUUGUGGUCAGUUGUGUGGGUCGUGUGUUGUAAAGUGUUAGGAACAUCUGAUCUAAAUGUGUCUGAAAAUCAUAAGUUCGUACCAACACUCUAAGAAAAGAAGGUACCAUAUAGCUUCUUAAAUAGCUUUUAUUCCUCUGAGAGAAGGCUUAAGGGUUCUAUCAGAAAAGAAGGUACCGAGUGGAAUCUCUUUGGAAAGCUAAAACCAUUAAGCAUCCAAAGAAUGAGGAAACUUUUUUUUUUAAGAGUUGUAGUUCAAAAUGUGAAGUAUUGGCCAAAAGAACAUGUAAAUAAAGAUAGUGCUAAUCUGUCAGCGGCUUUUAUUUCCAAAAAAGUUUUAGCAAAAUCUUUGCUGGAUAUAGAACACGUAAAUAAAGAUAGUUCUAGUCUGUAGGUGGCUUUUAUUUCCAGUGAAGUCUUGGAAAAGACUUUGUUUUCAACUUGAAAUUAAUCAUUUAUUAUUUUAACAAAACAUAGCUAGUCAAGUUUGUAGCAAACUGGCUACAACUCCAGCCAGAGUACCCAAACCCAGUCAACAGUAUAAAAAAUGUGUCUCUUUGUCGCCUGUAUGGUAUCAUUUAACCACUGGAACAUUUGGAGGCCUUCUACUUUUGACUAACAGCCCAUCAUUAUGAUAAGGACAAGAAUACAGACAAAAAUAAUAUAGUCCAAUAGAUCACAGUGUACCCAUCAUAUGUUACAAAAUCUUAACAUGCAUAAAAAUGUGCAUUAAAAUAAAACAAGAACAUGGGCUUUCAAUAGCCAUGACUGAACAGCCACUAAUGAAAACAACUCAGCGUUUAGCUGGCGGACAAAACCGUCACACAACCAUCCAGAAGGCUGAUAAACGAUCAACCACUAGAAAAACUGUUUAGGCUUCUCCUUGCACUCUGCUCAUGAUGUAUCUCAGUCUUUCAGAAGGUCUGAAGUGACAUUUUUCCCCUUGAAUUAGUCCUUCCUAAUGCAACUCAAAAUGUGAUUGUUUGAGCCCGCUGGUGUUUCUAAUUACUGUAUGUUGGCACUUUAUCAGAUUCCAUGAGACCUUCUGUCUAGCACCUGAAGUUCUGUGGUCCCAGUUAAGGGAUAAACAAACUAUGAUGCUGUGAUGAGCUUGUGUCUCCAGUACCUUUUGAAUAUUCAGCAUCUUCCCCUGGUUCCAACAAACUACGCUAUCUGACAUCUUGAUCGAGUGAUAGAUAACUUCCAAGAAAUUCUCCAUUUUAAAUUCAAAUUGAGCUAUUUGGAACUGGGCCUGUAUGUAAGCUGGGUGUCCUGACAUCUUGUUUAUAACCUGUUUUUGUAAUUGAAUCCCAUCUGUGUUUUGUCAUGUAGUGUGUCCAAAAACAGCAGCUUGUUCUUUAAUUUGUUAGGCAAGACUGUAUUCAAAACAUAGAUUUUCCUCUUUAUUGCUCUUGUGCCAAAAGAUCGUGCUAUUGUAAAAAGCAGCUGGUAUUAAGAUGUGUAGCCUGGACCGUUGUGUAAUGGAGACAGAGACUUUACAAGUGGAGAAGUGAUGCAAGGACAUGAGCACAUCAGAAUCACCUCAUAACAGGCCUUUUUGGCCUACGCCAGGCGGUCAUAACCACCCCAAAUGCCAAAAAAUGUCACUCCCUCUAGUUUUGGAUAUGGUGCGGAUGUGCCACAUUUCCCUCAAUGUGUAGCUAAAUAUUAGCAUAAACCCAGACUGGAUUGUGACUGUUUAGUUUCCUGGGCAACUCCAGCACCAACCAUGUGAUGGAAAUACCCACCAUUUAUUUUGAGUGCAGUUAAAAGCACACGCCUACAGCGUGAAGCAGUUUUUUUCCCCCUAUAAAUACAGUUUACAAAUCCAGGGUGCUUUUCCCAGUGGAGGAAUGAGACUUUCACCAUCAACAAGGACUUGAGUACCAUCACUGAAGAUACAUAUGGUGGACUGGAGGUCCUUGAAGCUGUUGGUCUGGGAAAAAUGAUACAUUUGAAAAAAAGCUUGAAAGUGGCCAUACUAACCUGCCCUGAUUUCUUGAGACACUUUCAAACAGCUGCAGAAAUCAUUUGUAAGCAUGUUAAGAUGUCCUAUGAUUUUCAUUAACCUCUUUUCAACAUUUUUUUUUUUUUUUUUCCCAAAAGAGCGAUUGGGGCAGAAAGGGUACUUUGGUCUUAAUCUCCUGCUUUACUAUGACAUUGAGCUACAACAGUUAGAGUGAGUGUGUGAUUGUUGUGGGGAAUCUGAAUGAAUAAUUGCUUUUAGUUAUUGUGAUGGGACAGGAGUGUUAGGAGUGUUAGGAGUGUGCACAACGAUCCCCAGUCACUCUAGAUCAGGAAAGCACUGAACCAGAUUAUCCCAUUAUCCCUGGGAUACUCCUUACCACUACUCCAUGUGCAUUUCAUUGAACUCUGUCUACAAAUGACAUCACCUCCUACUUGGCGUCUAGACUGGGUGUCUGGUGGUCAGGAGUUCCUUAUUUGAUGACUUGGGAACUUUUGGACCAUGAAAUUGCUUACACUCAGUGAAACUGCUGCAUAAUAACUGCUAGUUUUUUGUUUUUUUUGUCCCGCUGAAUCUCACCAUGUGUAUUUUUACUAGGCACUGAAAUGCUGCUCAGGGCACAGACAGAUGCUAACUAAGUACCUCUUUUUCCACAAUUAAAGUGGUGCCUAAAACACAAUACACUGAGAAAAAAGUACUGUGCAGGAACAUUUUGUGUUUGAGGUACAAACACCUGGUCAAACGUGCAGCAAUGUACCUCAGGGUUCAUUGGUGUACAGGUAUGAUUUAAUUGAUCAAACAGUCAGUUCAGGAGAAGGUUUAAAACUUAAAAAUGUCCUGUCUGAAGGUCUGGUAUUUGCUCAUGAGCUAAAUAAGAAAAAUCCUAAGAGUCAAGCUGAGGUGAAGGAGAAGCACCUAGUUUUACAACAGUACAUGCGAAGAAGAAGAAGAAGAAAAAGAAAUAGGUUUUGAUGGCAUCUGGAAUGAAUAACUUUCACCAGACAUCUAGAGGUCGCUUCAUAACUGCAGACUCCACACUUAUGGAUGAGGCCGACAAGGCCAUUUUGGUGAGCCCUGAACUUGAAAUAUUUGACUGGAGCUGCUUACGUCUGGUGUACCAAAUUGCCGGGGCAGGCUCACUUCAUGUUCACUUGCGUCUUGAUGGAGAGAACUUCGACCACCUGCUAUGGACGAUGGACAAACCCUCGGACAGCUGGUUAAUAGCCAGUGUAGACCUCCGCAACUUUUCCAAAGCCUACCAGCUUUUAAUGGAUGCCAGGCCCAACAAAGGGACAGGAAACAGCAUUGCUAUCUUUGAAAUUCAUAUCAUACCUGGUUACUGUAUAGACUGUAACUUUGAGGAAGAUCAUUUGUGUGGUUACCGAAACCAGUGGAACCCUAAUGUGAACUGGUUAAUGGGAGGAAGCCUCACUCGAGACCCUCAGUCCAACCUUCCAUAUGAAAACACCAUGCACAGUGACAGAGGUCGCUACCUGUAUGUCAGCUCACUUUACACCAAGGAGUUCCAAGAGGUGGCGAAACUCGUGUCUCCAAUGAUCACUGUUCCCAUGUCUGGCUGCUUGUCCUUCUACUACCAGAGGAACCAAUCCAGGGGCAACUUCUUCUCUGUGUUCACCAGAGACCAGCUGGGCCACUACGAAGAGAUUUGGAGGCCGGAUGUGUAUGCAACGUCCACCUGGAAACUAGUGCAGGUGGACAUUAAGGUGCACCAUCCUUCAGAGGUGGUGUAUGAGGUAGCGUUCAACAGUCCUAGGGGCGGCUAUGUAGCUGUGGAUGACAUCGCCUUUUCUCCUGACUUCUGCCACAAUGUAACACAGCCCACCUUUGACCCCUCUGUGGCUAACUGUGAUUUUGAGGAGAAUCUGUGUCGGUACUAUCAGGAGCAAUUCGGAGGCGCCGUGUGGAACAGAGUGUCUGUGAGACCAAACGUUUACAGGAUCGGAGACCACACUAAUGGCGAGGGCUGGUUCCUCCUGGCCAACACUCGUUUCAAAUCUCGCAUGGGUUAUGUGAGCCGCCUGCAUGGGCCCUUUCUUCCAGGGAACCACAAAUACUGUCUCAGGUUCUAUUACGCCCUGCACGGCUUAAGGAAGAUUGAAAACACCCUGGCCCUGUAUGUCUAUGAUGAGCAGAAUGUAGCUCAGGCUAAGAUCUGGACAGUGUCUGAGAGCUCCAGAGAUGUCUGGACGGAGGUGGACGUUACAUAUCAGAGGCCAAUGCCAACUAAGAUUGUGUUCGUCAGUAUCUGCAGAAGCUUCUGGGACUGUGGGCUUGUAGCUCUGGAUGACAUCAAGGUCACUCUUGGGGACUGUAGCAUCACGGCAGGUCCUUUGCGACCACCACCAGGACACUGUUACUUUGAGACAGGAGACUGUGGAUAUACUCAGGAAAAAAAGAGUAAAAAAGCACACUGGUUACGGAACAGGGGACCGACACCCACAUCCUACACAGGGCCCAGGGGGGACCAUACCUUAGGGGUAGGGUACUACAUGUAUAUUGAGGCAUCCAACAUGUUGCCAGGACACUCAGCACGGUUGGUGACCUCAGAGCUACGGGGUUCCUUCAGGACACAGUGCGUAACCUUCUACUACCACAUGUAUGGUACGGGAACAGGUGUCCUCAACGUCCUGCUGCGACAGAAGGGCAAAGUCAAAGAGACACUGCUGUGGAGCCGACAAGGAGAACAGAGUAUCUCCUGGAUGAAGGCUACUGUGGAUUACGACUGCUUUACCAAGCACAAUAUUAUAUUUGAAGCCAUCAGAGGCCCUUCACUAAGAAGCGACAUUGCUAUUGAUGACAUUGUUUUCCAAAAGGGACCAUGCGAAGAUCUUGGAGACAGCUUUUCUUACUCAGGCUUCUCUGAGGACUUCAAUGAAAUUGAGUACUGAGCAAGGCACUGGAAUAUUCUGUGUUUGCAUCUGUUUGUUGCUAUGCAUGACCAAACUGAGAGCCACAUUUCAUUGGUUUUCUUAGUGGAAUGCAUUCAUGGACAUAAUAUUGCCAGUAUUUUUAGAUGUCACAAGGACAGUUAUUUUAUCUAGAUUCUUAAGUUAGAAAUGCUUUUUGUAUUUUAAAGGAGCGGUUUGUAAUUUUUCCAACCCUCUGCUUGCCUGCAAGACAAAAUUGCAACUGAAAUGCAAACAUUGACAAGCCCUUAUCCUCGCUGUUGAAACUAUAUAUGCCUUGUGAGCUGCAUUUUAAGGCUGAACAGCUCCAUAAGGGAAAAGUUAUUUUCCAGGCCGGAAAAAAAUUAAAACAGAAAUCGGUGAGAUCUGUUCCUUGGCACUGGUGUGGAUCAGUUUUUCUAAGGUAACUUUGAAAGGAGGUGAUUAUUAGAUCUAGAAGCACUUUCAUAUAUCGCAAACUGCACCUUUAAUAGAUUUUCUUCAUUGACAUCACCCAGCAUUUUGCCUUUAGUUUUUUUUUUUUAUGCUGAAGUGAAAGGUUUGAUUAUGUUUGAAUAUCAUAAACACUUAAAGAACAAUAAUACUAACUUUUUGUUGACACUGUAUUUAUGCCAAACAAAACUAUAUUGUGAUGUAUUGUAUUGUUUGUAUGGUCACUGAUCAUGUCAGGUCAUUUUAUUUUGAUUAACAGCUUCAAACUUCAGAAUCUGUACCUUUUGUAUCAUUUUACAGUUUGCUUUUGAUAAGUUAAUGAGUUGUAUGUUUUUUACGGUAUUAUAUCAAAUGAAUAAACACUGUUUGAUACGGGA